AUGAACACACCAGGAUCCGGAUCCCAGCUGGCCAUGCGAUUUCCCAUCCUCCCUCAGGAGGGAGGGGGCGUUUUCCAAGAACCCUCUCUCUGCCCACACCAGAAUGACUGCCCGGAUCUUUCCCCUUCCCUGGUGCUUUCGGGUGAAAAUAAUCUACCUCAGUCACAGGCCCUGCAUCGAUCGAUUUCUCGGCGCCGGUACUCCGUAUUAUUAUUUACUCCAGAUCGUGCCCGGUCUCGCAGCCCUGGCCCAGCGCCAUCAACCGACUCUUAUUAUCUCCAUCUGUUCCAGAUCGUUGCGUGA